AUGAAAAGAAUAUCGAAAAAUGGAUUCCAUGGCAGAGCUUUCAGUCAGACAUACUCCCCUAGGAGUGAUAGUGGAUACUUCAAGAGGAGGUUAGAAGAUUUGAAAGACCAAAAUACGAUAACAAAAGAUGAUCCGCUGAAUCGGUUGAGUGAAAUUAAAGAACAGAAUAGCCUGGUAGAUAAUGAGGAAGGGUUAAAAGAUUUGUAUAGGCAGUUACCUCAAAAAACGUUCAGAAAGGAUUUCGGCAAGGAGCUACAUUAUGUGACUACAGGUACCAGCAUGAAUCGUCAAGCGAAGGAUAUCGCCCUCUCAAGGGCUUGGAAAGGGCAAGAACAUCUCGAGGAUGCCACACUCAGGAUGUUAGUCGAUAGCACAGGUAAAUCCAAAAGUGGUGUAUCAAUUUAUGGUAAGAACCUUGCUUUCAUUGAUCCCAACGAAGCAAGAAAGGAUUCACAACCAUUAACGGCAAGUAGAAAGCUAAAAAAAAAACUAGAAGAUGCUCAAGAUAAUUUACAAAAAUACCGACUGGAUAAAGAAAAAGAGAUUGAUGAACGUGAGCAGUCUGAAUUCAGAGCUCUUUAUACUGAAAAGUUUACUCCAAUUGGAUCUUUUGAAAAAAUACGAUCCAUAGCAGACCAGAGGGUUGAAGAGAGCAGAAGAAAAGGUGGCUUUGACAGCCUGGAAGAACUUAGAGGCAAACCACUAGCUCUACCGAGACUGAAUCAACAUAUUGAUAGAACAGAAUACUAUUUGAACAACAUGCUUGCGCGACAAAAGAUCGUGCCGCCUUGGAUUGAAGCCCAGUCUAGGGUAAAUCGGGAAACGAAUGAAUUGAGACGCGAGAUGCUCAGAAAUUUUGAAAGUGAAUUGGUUACGUUCUUAGAAGAAUACAAAGCAAUCACGCCAGGUCACGAUUUCAACAAAACCUGCUACUUCUUGAAAGGGAAAUUCGGAAGUGUAGAAACAUUCAUUAUGGAAAAGCACACAGCCUGGAAACUAUCCUAUAUGCCGAUCUUGUCAAUGAAAAUUACUACCUUGAACAAUAGCUUAAGAGCUUAUAAUCUUCAAGCGCCAUUGCCACAGCAAAAACUAUACUUGCAAUCGGAAAAAGAAGCUUCUAGAGUUCUUAAUGCCAUCGAUCUUCAAAGUCUAGUAAAUAAAAAAAUGGAGGAAAGGUCUAAAAAGGAAAAUAUAAAUACAAUGCUGAAUACAAAGAAUAUUUUUUCUCUUGGUAGAUUUUUUCCAAAUUGGAAAUAA